GGGUCAAAAUAAGUAAAGUUCACUCAAUUUAAUUUAUCUCUUUAAUGAGAUUCAGAAGAAAAGCCUUUUCAAAGACUUUAGAAAGUAAUCAGCAACUAUAGUCAAUCCAAUUCAGUGCAAAUAUUUAAUUUCAAAUCGAGUAACGUUCAGUUUUAUUUUCAUCACAGUUUGUUUAUAUGAAACCAAAUCACAAAAAAUAUCAUCACAAUGUAAUUACAAGAUGAACAGGUCCAAAUCCCUGGAUAUCAUCACUAGAAUCCAGUUUGGUCUAAAUUUAAUUCAAAUCAAGGCAACUCCUUCCAGUUCAAUAUCAUAUUCAGAUUCAGAUCCAUUUACAGACAGUACAGCACAAUUAACAAGAGGCCUGACAUUCUUCUCUUAACAACUACAAUAUAACAUCUAAUCUGCAUUCUGAGCGCAAGGUGAUUUUAUUGGGAACAUCCAAAGUCAUUGAGAUAUUCUCUUUGCCUUCUAAAAACUCCCCCCUUACAUGUGCUGUCUUGUUUUGUACUUGUUUAUCUGGGAGCAACCCUGUUUUUUCAUGUUUGUUAUAGUAUAGGUGUUUGAUUAAGAGGUGCAGGGAACAUGUACUCUGCACUAUUCAGAGUUCAGUUUGACAUCAUUCACUUCAAAGACUGUGUAAACGAGAACAGAUUAUAACUGAGCAAACGAAGCUGACUGGAGCCUAAACUCAAGCUUCACAAUUGUGGAAUAAAAGGGGACGACACCAGUCAUCCGAUCUUUUUCAAGAGCUUAGUUUGAGCAUAGUAAUUGAUUUUUGAAAUAUUGAAUAUUUUGAUUGGGGAUUGCUUAUGCUGUUUCAAUAAGUGUAUUGUAGCUUUCAAAUCUAACAAAGUAUACAAAAGCAACAUUUUGUCCAGCUGUGACCCAGCGCUCUCUAGGAGAAAAUUGCCUAUCCCCCUUUGAUCAUACAAAGCCGUUUUACAUUCAGCACCAUGGACAGCGGCAGGCCGAGCCCGCAGACCUCUGGCGCCACCGGCUGGUGGUUAUUAUUUGGGCUGCGGUAGAUAGAAUAACACAAGAAAUGUACACAAAUUCAACUCAAACCAUCGUUAUUAUAUUACAGUAAUAAAUAAAGAACAACAAAAGGGGACCACCUGAAACUGAAUCAUUUGUUUUUAGUAGAAAUACAUCAAAAUCUUCUUAUAGCAUAGCUCAAAACCUAAUGGAGAAUGAGUCCCUCAUACAUACACACAAAAUAAACAACAUGAAUGUGAACAGAAAAUACAUUGCAAAUCGUAGAACUGGUUAGUGGGGAAAAUACUUACAAGUGGUUUAACUAAGAAUAAGUUUUAAUUUAUGGAGUAUGUUCAGGUGUUAGAAGUGAAGGGAAGCCACAGCUGCUACAAUGCAGUCUCACUGAGGAAACAGGAGAAAAAAACUCCUGCAAAAGGUCUCAGACAAAAGAAACGUGCAACAGACAAUAAAACAGGGAGACAACGGCAACUGGCAGUAAAAUCCACAAUAUCAGACACCUUAUAUUAAACACGUUAUUGAUCUGUUGCAAGCAGCUUACAGCUGGGGAUCCCAGAUAUAUUUCAAAUGCCAUUGUAUUUGCUGGUCUUCACAAUGCUUAAUGCAGCCGUAACUUGUAGUGUGUCUAAAAAGAAAACGUGUGGUUAUCUAAAAUUAUAAUUGUGUUAGAUGCUAGAAAGAAAGCGGAGUGGAAAGGACAACGUUACUGAAAUUCUGGGCAGAUGAAUUGUAUUCUAAAAAGAUCUUCCUUUUACAAAUGUCACGUAGGGGCUUUAUUGGUUCACUGGUUUCAGUUUGAUGGACAAAACUAUAGUUUGCAGAUCACUGUUCUUUACAAAAGACAAACUGAGUGAACAUCCAGGGGUGGCAGGUUCAAGUUUGCAUUAGAGCUUAAAAUAAAUGAACUCUAACAGGAUGGCCCAUGGACAGGAAAUAAUGCCACAGAUGAACAGAGCUGAGCAAAACUUAUACCGUUUGAACUUUUCCACAUUACUCUUGUUGCAACUACAAAUUUCUGUGUAUUUUUAUUGGGAUUUUAUGCAAUAGUUUCGCAUAAAGUGGUGCAUGAUUGUUUGGGUGGAAGAAAAGUGAUGUGUGAUUUUCAAAAUGUUUUACAGAUAAAAAUCUGGAAAAUGUGUAUUUAAAUUUUGUCCCCUGUAGUCAAUACUUCUCAACUGUAGAAUCUAUUGUUCACUGCAAUCACAGCUCCAAGUCAGGUUGACGUGCGAUUUUAGCUUUGCUGCACAUGUAGGCCAAGAACAAAGGGCCAUUCAGGUCUCCUAUGGCCAGAGUGCCUUCAUCCACAUGUUUCCUGCUUCACGUACAUCAAUUUUCUAUCCCUUUCUUCUGGGCAUUCAUCUAUAAAUGACAGAUUUGUGGAGUGCACAACUGAGAGUUAUCCUGCUAAACAGAUUCUCACAACUGAGCUGUGGAUCUCUGUAGCUCUUGAGUUACCUUGGGCCUCUUUGCUGCUUUUCAGAUUUAUGGUCUCCUCACCUGACACAUCAAUUUAGAUGGAUAGCAUGUCUUGCUAAGUUUGCUGUUGUGCCGUCCUCUUUUAAUUUGUACCCUGAUGCUGUUUGUUCACCAAUGUUCUGUAACAAACCUCCAAGACCUUCUCAGCUGGACUUACAUGUAGAUUAAUAUGCACACAGAUGGACUCGGGAUCUUAUUUAGGGGCAUGAAACAAAAGAGGGGUUGGGGAAUUAUAUGGGGAACUUAUGAAAACCGUGUAUAAUCUCCUCCUAGAAUAUUCCAGAGUCUCAUAAAUGAGUGUAGCCUUUGGUAAACCAGCUCCUCCACCUGUGUGCUCCAGGGUUGGCGCAGCUCUGGGAGGCGGACGGGAUGCACGUCCCACCAUCCAUCCAUCACUGGUCGCAUCCAAUCAGCUGCGGCCUGAUGGGACCUGGUGUGCAGCCAGCGUGUUUUUCCUCUCACAUCCUUGGACACCUUGACCGGAGAGCACAGCUUUGCCUCUUUGCCGUGGCCCUGCAGCUCCUGGUGCCCCGUCUAUCGGCGUGAUGGAGAACACCCGCUGCUUCGCCAACCGCUUCUCCGACUACAGAGGCGCGCUGCUGCCGGGCCAGAACGCCGAGGCCGUCAUCCCAGCCGUGGUGGCCAAAAUCGACAGGAUCCUAAAAAAGGUCCCCGUCGACAUCAGCGACUGCGAUGGGGGGUUGUACGACGGGCCGGCCGGGGUGGCUUACAUGCUGUAUCACGUCAGCGAGUGCCCGCUGUUCGCCGAGCAGCGGAGCGUCUACCUGAAGACGGCCAAGCAGAUCAUCGACGUGUCGGUGAGGUACGCGGACGCGGAGCCCGACAAGAACAUGCGAGCCGCCUUUCUGCUCGGCGGGGCGGGCAUCUACGCCGUGGCCGCGAUGAUAUACAAGUCCCUGGGCUUGGCCGAUUUCGUCAAGCCGCUGGCCAAGUUUCGGAACCUGUGGGAGGUGUGUGCGCCCAUCAAUUUCCUGGAGUGCGGCUCGGACGAGCUGUUUGUGGGGCGGGCGGGCUACCUGUGCGCCGCCCUGGUCCUCAAACAGAAGCUGGGCAUCGAGAUCCUGAGCGCAGAUCAGAUCAAAUAUAUUUGCCAGGCCAUCAUCGAGUCAGGAAAACAGUAUGCCAAGAGGAAGAGAAAGCCUUUCCCGCUCAUGUAUUCAUACUAUGGAACAGAAUACCUCGGUGCAGCCCACGGCCUCUCCUCGGUGUUGCAGAUGCUGCUGAGCUACCAGGACAUGCUCAGCGGGGCCGAGAGGGACCUGGUGUGGCAGAGCGUUGAUUUCCUCAUGAGUCAGGAGCAGAACUGCAACUGGCCCGCAGAGCUGGGAGCUAUCAUCGAGAGGGAAAAUGAGCUGGUGCACUGGUGCCACGGAGCCCCGGGUGUGGCGUAUCUUUUUGCAAAAGCGUACCUGAUUAACAAGAAGCCCCAGUAUCUGGACACGUGUAUCCGCAGUGGGGAGCUCGUCUGGCAGAAAGGCCUGCUGAAGAAAGGGCCUGGCAUUUGUCAUGGGGUAGCAGGCAGCGCUUACGUCUUCCUCCUGCUUUAUCGCCUCACAGGCAAUUCAAAGUACCUCUACCGUGCCCAAAGGUUUGCAGAGUUCAUCUUCACCGAGGAGUUUAAGGCAGGCUCUCUCUCGGUCACCAGCAUCUACAGUCUGUUCGAGGGCCUUUCUGGGACCGUUUGUUUCCUGGUUGACCUCCUGCAGCCAGACGAGUCAGAGUUCCCUCUGUUCAGUGUUUUUGUGUGAAUGGAGCCAGCUUAGCACUGUCACCUGACCUGAACAAAUGUUAUGAGUUUUACCCUAAAUUCCUUCAAGAGAGAGACUGACAGAAACUGUAAAACCAGGACAGAUGCUGUUAUUGUUACAGUAGAUGGGUGGGCUUCAAUUAGGGGUUAAGAAAUGUCAUUUGAAGUCAGUUGCAGUACAGAGGAAUGGUCUUGUUUUGUGUGGAUGUAACACCUUGCGGGCGUUAUCAGAUUUACCGUAUCCCUUGUAACUUGAUCCGUUUCAGUGUAGAGCUAAGACGAGUUUUCACAGCGUUUGAAGCUUAAGCUACUUGUAGAAAUCUGCUUAUCAAAUUUCUCAUCAAAUUUGCUUCAGCAUUAAAAAUGACAGCAGCUGACAUGCACAAAGGAAGAAGCAUUUCUCAGGGCGGUCUGUGGGUUAAUUUAGCACUAACGUUCUGUAAAAGUAUAUAACAGCUAAAUAUCUUGUUAAAUAUAUUUAUAUAUACCAAAAGCAGAAUGCAAUCAAUCUGCAAACACUGGCUGCAUGUAAAUAAUUGCAGAAAAAACUAGUGAUAGCUAGAGGCUAGCUGUGCUGCAGUGACAACGCAAGUCUGUACGUAAACAGAAACGACUUAAAAAAGAAUCUGUCUCAGCUGUUGGCAUUUUUUAUUUUUAAGGCAUCUCUGUAAAUUGGUAAACAUUUUCUGUUGAGGCUUUUUAUGUCAGAUUACUGGUAAAGCACAAUAGCCACUAAAAAGAAUAAAUUACUUGCUAGUAAUUGCUUGACAUACUAGCUGAAAAAUACUCACCAACGCAACUAACAUUUUUAAUGAUUAUAUUUGCUUCCUGCUAUUAUUUCUCAAAGCCCCUUUCAGAGUUUUAGCUCACAAAAAAGGUCCUCUACUGAAGGAAAUGGAAAGUUUCAAAGUCUGUAUACCCUUAUUGAAUGUGCAUCUAAAUCUUCCAAGAUGCUGCACUUAUAACAGGGAUAAACAUGUGCACUAUCGACAGCAUGAAGUAAAUGGGAUCACAACUGUGUCAUGCAUACUCUAAAAUAAAUCUAAAAAAAAUUGUCACAUAAUGCCUUUAAAGUUUUCACCAGCUAAGCAUCAUACAAUGCAGUCGGUUUACAUCUUUAGGAACAUAAACUCUCAAUUUGCUGUUGUCAAAACCUUAAAUAAUUGAUAAAUAUAAAAGGCGGAUUAAUGACACUAAGCUUUCAGAGUCACUGAUAUCCUUUAGAGGUACAACUGGUAAUUGUUGAGAUGAAUACUUGUUAAGUGUUGUAACCGUCUCACUUUGUUAAGUGUUAUGACGCACCUGUCUGACCUGUGUGGCCGCUGUUUUUUGGUGUUUCCUGCUCUGUGAGCCUCUGUGUUGGGGUUUUGCAAUUGUGAGACAUUGUGAUUUGUUUCACCAUGUGGAAAAUGACUGUUUUAAUCUGUUUUAGACUGUAGCUUUGUGGUGAGAAAAGAACAAAAGAGCAAAGCCUGGCUUCUUAAUUUUUUUUCUUCCAAGUUGGUUCUAGAAGUUACUCUUGUUUCCAAGUUAUGUGAAUAACAGUCAUUGAUGUCUUUUCAUAAAUUGCUAUAAUGUGGCCUUACCAAAAUAUUUGCAAGUAAUAACUAAGUCUAAAAUAAAAAUGGAAGAUGCUUUGGCCAGCAUUUAGUGUAUGAUCAAGUGGUUCAUUUUGUUUAAAAAACUCAAAGAUUUAAAGAAAAAAUAAAAGGCCUGUAAACAACAGCAAACCAAAGCAGUUUCUGAUGCUAUGUGUGCCUGUUGCUGAAUAUUUAUAGGCUCUAUGAGUGACUGGAUGUUUUUGUGUUUGCUGUCCAAGACUUUCAAAAUAUCCAUAGAAUUAUUGUUAUUAAGUGUCCAGAUUAUAAAACAAAUGAGCAAAAGAUGUUGAAUGCUUUGCUUUAUCCUGAAAAGACAUGUAAUCUAAAACGCGACAUGUGUAUGUGCUAAGGAAUAUAAAAGCUGUGGUAUCCCGUUGUCAAAAUAUGUUUCCGUACGGUUCAUCGAAUAAAAACAUGAAUGGGCUUUUUUUUUUUUUUUUUUUUUAUUCAUGUGUUCAAUGCUUCUUUGUUCUAUCAUUCUGCCUUUUACACAAAACUUAAUUUAAAACUAAUAUAACA